AUGAAAGCCACUGAUCUAGUGUAUACUAAAAAAUGCCUGGAGUCCACCCCCUCCUCCUCCUCCUCUUCCUCCUCUUCCUCCUCCUCUCGCUGCUUGUGCCCUGUUGUCCUUCACACAGUCACAGACCACUGUGAUCUCAAACCCAAAAGUGCCUCUGUGAGAGUUGUACCUCAGCCAGCCUGGGAAAAGUCAAACAUGUGUUCACCAGGAAAACAUUCAACUUUGAUUUACAGUGGGGGAAGUAUCGUAUCCUCUCUGACAGGAUCUCAGCUCCUGUGGACUCACCACCUGCAGGAGGAUCAGUGA